UUUUAAUCGUUGAAUUCGUAUUUUUGCUCACAGAGAUUGAAGGUGGCGUCCAAAAGAGUAAAAUAUAGACCUUUAUAGGACUAAAAAUGUACGUUUUCAAAAAUGACGUUUAUUUAGGGCCGGCGCUCUACCAUAAGUCCUUCAGGCGUCCCCCCCCUGUGGAGAAGGUGGUAUAGUCUCCCCCCACCCUGUGGAAGUAAUGCGGAACUCCCUGCAGAUGCUGCUCCGAGCAGGAGGAAGGUUGUGUAGGUGAUGCAGCGCUGUCGGAGGUAAAACGACGUGCGCGAAAGCGACGGCAACGGUUUGAGUGAAGACCUGCAGGCUGCCCAUGCAUCCGGAAUACUCUUUUCCAGAACUCACCUCCCCGAGACGGAGCCCUCGUUCUGCCGAGACGCCGACAGCGUUUGCAGAUAAUCCGCGCAUUACCGGAUCUGGACACUUGUGUUUUUGGGCUGCUCCUGCCCUGCCCAGCGCACUUGCGCGAUGCUUCCCCUCGGCCCGCUGCGCCCCGCUCCGCACGCCUGAGGUUCUCCCCGGGAAUCGGUACGACGUUGGCCAGUGAUCUGUUCCUCCAUCAGGGCUGCGAUGGCUUAAAGGGGGACUGAUUUAAAAAUGGAGAAAAGGAAACCCUGCCCUCGCUUACUGGACUACCUGGUGGUGGUCGGAGCCAGGCAGCCGAGCAGCGACAGCGUGGCCCAGACCCCGGAGCUGCUGCGGCGCUACCCCCUGGAGGACCACGCCGACUUCCCUCUGCCCCCGGACGUGGUGUUCUUCUGCCAGCCGGAGGGCUGCCUGAGCGCGCGCCAGAGGCGCAUGAGCCUGCGGGACGACACCUCCUUCGUCUUCACGCUCACCGACAAGGACACCGGCGUGGUGCGCUACGGCAUCUGCGUCAACUUCUACCGCUCCUUCCAGAAGCGCCCGGGCAAGCCCGACCGGCCCGAGGGCCACCGCGGACGGGGGGAGAAGGCCAAGGCGCCCCCCGCCUCCGCCGCCCCCGCCGCCCCGGACGAGGCGGGCAGCGAGAGCUCUGAGAGCGGCUCCUCCCUCCAGCCGCCCAGCGCCGAGUCCACCCCGGACGUCAACAGGUCCCCGCGGGGCAAGCGCUGCGCCAAGCCGGCCCAGAGGAGCCGCAACAGCACCCUGACCUCCCUGUGCGUCCUCAGCCACUACCCCUUCUUCUCCACCUUCCGCGAGUGCCUGUACAUCCUGAAGAGGCUGGUGGACUGCUGCAGCGAGAGGCUCACCAAGAAGGCUGGCAUCCCCAAGGGCGUGCAGAGGGACACGAUGUGGCGGGUGUUCACCGGCGCCCUCUCCGUGGAGGAGAAGAGCAGCGCGCUGCUGCAGGACCUGCGGGAGAUCGAGUCCUGGGUGUACCGCCUGCUGCGCUCGCCCGUGCCCGCGGCCGGGCAGAAGCGGGUGGACGUGGAGGUGCUGCCCCACGAGAUGCAGCCCGCCCUGACCUUCGCCCUCCCCGACCCCUCCCGCCUCUCGCUGGUGGACUUUCCCCUGCACCUGCCCCUGGAGCUGCUGGGGGUGGACGCGUGUCUGCAGGUGCUCACCUGCAUCCUGCUGGAGCACAAGGUGGUCCUACAGUCCCGGGACUACAACGCCCUGUCCAUGAGCGUCAUGGCGUUCGUGGCCAUGAUCUACCCCCUGGAGUACAUGUUCCCCGUCAUCCCUCUGCUGCCCACCUGCAUGGCUUCUGCGGAGCAGCUCCUCUUAGCUCCCACGCCGUACAUCAUCGGCGUCCCGGCCAGCUUCUUCCUCUAUAAAUCCGAUUUCAAGAUGCCGGAUGACGUGUGGCUGGUGGACCUGGAUUGUAACAAGGUGAUCAUACCCAAGAAUGCCGACUUCCUGCCGGUGCUCCCAGAGCCCGAGUCCGCGGAGCUGAAGAAACACCUGAAGCAGGCCCUGGCCAGCAUGAGCCUGAACACCCAGCCCAUCCUCAACCUGGAGAAGUUCCACGAGGGCCAGGAGAUGCCCCUGCUGGCGGGGAGGGGCCGGGAAGACCACACCUCCACCCCUUCGACGGAGUUCAACCCCCUCAUCUACGGCAACGACGUGGACUCUGUGGACGUGGCCACGAGGGUUGCCAUGGUGAGGUUCUUCAACUCCCCCAACGUGCUGCAGGGCUUUCAGAUGCACACGCGCACCCUGCGCCUCUUCCCCCGGCCCGUCGUCGCCUUCCAGGCCAACUCCUUCCUGGCCUCCCGGCCCAAGCAGUCGGGCUUCGCCGAGAAGCUGGCCCACACCCAGGCGGUGGAGUAUUUCGGGGAGUGGUCUCUGAACCCCACCAACCUGGCCUUCCAGCGGAUCCACAACAACGUGUACGACCCCUCUCUGAUCGGGGACAAGCCCAAGUGGUACGCCCACCAGCUGCAGCCCAUAUACUACCGCGUGUAUGACGGCAACUCCCUGCUGGCCGAGGCCAUGACCGCGCCCUUGGAGCGGGAAGACGACGACGACGAUGACGACUCGGACCCCACCGACGACAGCGGCAGCGACAGCGUGGACUACGACGACUCCAGCUCCUCCUACUCCUCGCUGGGGGACUUCGUCAGCGAGAUGAUGAAGUGCGACAUCAAGGGGGACACCCCCAGCAAUGUGGACCCUCUGACCCACGCGGCGCUGGGCGAUGCCAGCGAGGUGGAGUUCCAGGACUUCCAGGAGUACAGGGUGGAGGUUGAUGACCCGGCGCUGGACAGCGAGACCUCCCUGGAGAACCACCAGCCACGCUCCAGUUCCAGCACCACGGCCAGCUCCAGCCCCAGCACUAUCAUACAGGGAGUGAACCAUGAACCCUGCGAGGCGGCGGACGCCGAGGAGAAGGCGGCGACAGGGGCGCCGACCGCGCCGCCGGUCGGGGGGGCCCAGCCCUUCGCCAAGCCGGGCCCGGAGCGGCGGGAGAGCGAGGCGGCGGCGGCGGCGCCCGCGGACGGGGCUCUGAAGAAGAGGGACUACGACAACCCCUACUUCGAGCCGCAGUACGGCUUCCCCACGGAAGAGGACGGAGAGGGCGACGAGCAAGAGGAGAGCUACACUCCCCAGUUCAACCAGAACAUCAACGGGAACAAACUCUGGCUCUUUGUUCCAGGUAAUCUGUACAAGAACCACAGCACCAGUUUCAGCUUGUCCAACCUGGCCUUGCCUAAGGCAGCGAGGGAUAAAACCACUCCUUUCCCCAGCCUGAAAGUAUUUGGGCUAAAUUCUAUAAUGGAGAUAAUAUCAGAGGCUGGCCCUGUCAGCAGUGAAGGAAACAGGAGAGCGCUUGUUGACCAGAAGUCCUCGGUCAUCAAACACAGCCCAACUGUGAAGAAGGAGUCGCCUUCUCCCCAAGGAAGAGCUAAUAACACUAGUGAAAACCAGCAGUUCCUGAAGGAGGUGGUCCAGAGUGUCCUGGAGGGGCAGGGCGUGGGCUGGCUCAACAUGAAGAAAGUGCGCCGCCUGCUGGAGAACGAGCAGCUGCGCGUCUUCGUCCUGAGCAAGCUGAGCAGGGCCGUCCAGUCCGAAGAGGACGCCAGGCAGGACGUCAUACAUGACGUGGAGGUCAGCCGCAAGGUGUACAAGGGGAUGCUGGACUUGCUGAAAUGCACGGUGUCCAGCCUGGAGCACUCCUACACCAACGCAGGGCUGGGAGGAAUGGCCAGCGUGUUCAGCCUGCUGGAAAUCGCCCGCACCCACUACUACACCAAAGACCCGGAAAAGCGCAAGCGGAGCCCUACGGAAGGCGGCAGCAGCCCGGGCAGUAAGGAGAGCUUAACGCCCCGAGGAGAGAGCGCCAGGCCCGCGGGGCCCCUGCUGGUCCCCAAGAUCCAGCUCCCGCCGGGCGCCGCCCCCUCCGCGGGGAAGGGGCCCCGUCAGUUUGACACGCGGAGCCUCAACGAAGAGAACUUUAUAGCCUCCAUUGGGGCCGAGGGGGUGAAGCAGUUCUCCGACGUCGGCGACAGGGAGGAGAAGAAGUCCCAGAUCAGCGCCGACAGCGGGCUCAGCGUCACCUCGGGGUCGCAGAAGAGCGACACAGAGUCCAUCGCCAGCUCGGAGCCGUCCGGCCUGACCCGGAGCACCAGCCAGGAGUCGGAGGCCAGCACAGUGGUGAGCAACAGCUCGGGGGAGACGCUGGGAGCCGACAGUGACCUGAGCAGCAGCGCGGGAGACGGGCCGGCGGGGAAGCUGGCUGCCCACCUCGCCACAUCCAGGGGGACUCUGUCCGACAGCGAGAUCGAGACCAACCCCGCCACCAGCUCCGUCUUUGGCAAGACCCACAUGCUGAAGCCGGGCCGGGGCAGCCUGCCCGGAAGGAUGGCGCCCCCUGUGGCCCUGGAGGACGUCAGCAUGAGAGUCUACCUCUGCGAGGGCUUGCUGGGGAGGGACAAGAGCUCCAUGUGGGACCAGCUGGAGGACGCUGCUAUGGAAACGUUCUCUCUGAGUAAUGAUGGCCUGGGUGGCGACCCAGGUCCUGGAGAACUGGUGCCCAGGUAUCUGUCAUUGGGGGGACAUGAUCGGAAACGCUUGGAAGAUGACGAAGACAGACUGUUGGCCACUCUGUUGCACAACAUGAUCGCCUACAUGCUCAUGGUGAAGAUGAAUAAGAAUGACAUCCGGAAGAAGGUUCGCCGUCUGAUGGGCAAGUCUCACAUCGGCCUGGUGUACAGCCAGGAGAUCAACGACGUGCUGGACCGGCUGCCCGAGCUGACGGGGCGGGAGCUACCCAUCAGGCCUAGCGGCAGCAGACACAUAAAGAAACAGACCUUUGUGGUGCAUGCUGGGACAGAUACCACAGGGGAUAUAUUCUUCAUGGAGGUGUGCGACGACUGCAUCGUGCUGAGGAGCAACAUCGGCACGGUGUACGAGCGCUGGUGGUACGAGAAGCUCAUCAACAUGACCUACUGCCCCAAGACCAAAGUGCUGUGCCUGUGGCGGCGCAACGGGCAGGAGACUCAGCUGAACAAGUUCUACACCAAGAAGUGUCGGGAGCUGUACUACUGCGUGAAAGACAGCAUGGAGCGCGCGGCCGCCCGGCAGCAGAGCAUCAAGCCAGGGCCGGAGCUCGGCGGGGAGUUCCCGGUGCAGGACAUGAAGACAGGCGAGGGGGGUCUUCUGCAGGUCACGCUGGAGGGCAUCAACCUCAAGUUCAUGCACAGUCAGGUUUUCAUAGAGCUGAGUCACAUUAAAAAGUGCAAUACAGUCAAAGGAGUCUUUGUCCUGGAGGAAUUUGUUCCUGAAACUAAAGAAGUGGUGAUCCACAAAUACAAGACCCCAAUGGCCCACCAGAUCUGCUACUCCGUGCUGUGUCUCUUCUCCUACAUGGCGGCGGUCCGAGGAAAGGAGGUGGAGAGCAAACCGAAAGCCCUGUGCCCGCGGCCUGUGCCCAGCUAGCCCACGCCGCCCCUCCUCUGCUGGGAGGGCCAUCACGUGGGGUUGCGUGCGGCGAUGCGCCCCCCAUUCCCUCGCCCUGUCCUGUCCUGUCCGGGGCCCGGCUCCAGUUUUAGUGUACAGAAGAACAGUUCGCUCUUGCCUUGGUAUUUCUUUUUAUUUCUGUGCCGGUCCCUGUUGUGCGUGUGUGUCAGGGAGGGAGAGGUCAGGGGUCAGGGGUCAAGGGUCAUCAUUCCCCUGUGUGUAUUUGUCAUUCUUCCUGUUUUAACUAUCGCCACUUCCAUUGCUUCUUUUAAAGUGGGAUUCUGAAUGUAUUUAUGUUUCUUUUUUAAACCCAAACAAGGAACGAAACAAAAAAAGAAACGCCCGACAACAGCUUCCAUUUUGCAGGGCGCCUAGGCGUUAUUUCCCUUGAGGUUUGUUUUUCCUCACAGUAGCCUAAAGAUUUUUGCUCUCCCUCGGUCUGAAUGAAAGCGCUUGGCAUCGGACGGCAGGGACUCUUCACAGUUUUCGGCAAAAGCAACUGUACAGAUCCCGUGUCACGCUGUUGCUUUUUAAAAGCCUGCAGCUCCUCUCUCUUAACCAUGUUGAGUAUGCGAUUAGAUAUAUUACUCUUGCUUUAUGAUGUUGUAAGCACAAACCUGUUACACCUGCACUAAUGAAACAUUUAAAAAGCACAGGGCUGGGGGUCACUGUACUGUCAGUUUGUUCCUAAGACUCCAAAGUUAACAAUGGCUCCGAAAAGCAAAAUCAGUCAGGAUCUCCUCUUAAACAGGAUAAAAAUGAAUUUCCCUUGUCCGCUUUGUUGCUUUUUGAAUGUUUCAAUGCAUCCAAAAUGUUGUGAGUGAUUUUUAGGUCAUGUGAUCUUACCUAGCUUGCCUUUAGAGGCUAAACUACUGUAUUAUCAGAUUUAUGUCCGUGGUCAAUGGUAUUGAAAUGCAUGUUCUACUUCUGGAAAACAACAAAAAAAAAAGCUGUACAUUUCACCUCAGAAAAGAGAAACACUAUCCAUGUGCUGUUAUCUGUCUGCUAGAUUCAGGUGUAUAUACAGUAGAUGUCACGGUAGAAUGGACAACUUUGUUGCUGAAGCAAACUGUUUUGGGUCAAACAAAAGAAUGAAAAGAAAAACCUUAUACUGUAUAUAAAUACUAUAAGGAAAUAUGGAUAAAUGUGAAAAACUGCCACAAAAUGCUGUUACAAGGGAAUUUAGAAGCACUGUUUAUGAUAAAGACUGUAAAGACUACCGUGAUAUAGGCAGUGCUGACCCAUGUUUAUAGCUUAGAAGCUGGAAGAGGGGUUUCUCUUGUGUGCUGUGAUAAUGUUCCCAACAUGUAUGAUAUAUGGAUAAAUGUAGUUAUAAACGUUUUUUUUUCUUGUGUACGUUUUUAGAAGAGGAAAAAUACUGGUUCUGUCUUUAAUAGUCAAGUGCUGUAGAUGCACAAGAGCUGACUUCUUCCAUUCGAAUAGAAUCCCCUCGAUACGUUGACACAACAGGGGAAUAAAUUGCUGUGUAAAUACUGAGUUUCAGAACCAGAUGAGGUUUCUCCUGGGGUACACUGCACCUCUGGGGUUUGGGGUGGGUGGCGAGAUAGUACGGAAUUCACCGAUCCAAGUGUGCUGCUGAAGAGAAACGGGGACAUCUGAUGUAAAUAUUUCAGUAUUAAAAAUAUUUAUAGAAAUUGUACAGCUUUGGCAAUAUGAGAAUAAAACAUGACCAGCCCGGAAUUUCUGAAGUGAACUUUCA